ACAGAUUGCAUAAAUAGUGGGCGGCUCUCGCCCAUGCUCUCUGGGCAUGAACCUCUUCAGGCGGUUUUCAUCCGAAUUUCCAAUUUCCCCACUGAGUGGGAGAAGAAAUGGCGUCGUGGAACUCUCUUCCUCUCGAAAUUUCUUACCAAAUUUUUGGUUGGAUUGCUUUCUUCUCAUGGUCUAUUAGUUUCUAUCCUCAGGCUAUACUGAAUUUCAGAAGAAAAAGUGUUGUGGGGUUGAACUUCGACUUCUUGGUUCUCAAUCUCACGAAACACUCAUCGUAUCUCAUCUACAAUGCGUCCCUUUUCUUUAGCCCUGUUAUUCAGAGGCAAUACCACGAGAAGUAUGGCUACAAAGAGAUGAUCCCAGUCGCUGCAAAUGAUGUAGCUUUCUCAGCACAUGCUGUUCUGCUGACCGCAAUUACUUUGUUUCAAGUUAUCAUCUAUGAUCGUGGGAAUCAAAAGGUCUCAAAGACUUGUAUGGCAAUCACAUCUGCUGUCUGGAUUUCUGCUGCAGUCUGUGUGUUUGUAGCGUUGCCAAACCAGUCAUGGCUUUGGCUUAUAUCUGUCUUUAACACAAUACAAGUCAUCAUGACAACCAUCAAAUACAUUCCCCAGGCCAUCAUGAACUUUGGCCGCAAGAGCACAGAAGGAUGGAGUAUCGGCAACAUUUUGCUAGAUUUACUUGGAGGUCUAAUGAACUAUGCACAGAUGGCUAUGCAGUCUAUAGACCAGGGUUCUUGGGUGAACUUCUAUGGGAAUAUUGGGAAGACUCUUCUUUCCUUGGUGUCUGUCUUCUUUGACCUCCUCUUCAUGUUCCAACAUUAUGUGCUAUAUCCAUCCAAGAAUGAUAUUGCUUCUCCAAAGGUUGAUUUGGAAAACACAGCUCCACUUCUGAAGUCCUCUGAUCCCUCGCCGGCAGAGAACGCAUGAAGGCUAUCGGCCUAUCCUGCCUCGGCAUUAUUGUUGUAAAAAGGUCUCCAUAUACAAGUAAAAACUGGAACCUGCUUAGCACAACACAACAGCAAAAACUAGGAUUUGAUUAAACCCUUAAUUUAUCAAAUUGUCAUAUCGCUUUGAUGUAAAUAUUCUUCAUUAAAUUAAACUGUAUUGGGUGCUAAUGUUAUAUUUUCAUUUUACUGUACUA